AUGAGGGUGGUCAUCUAUAAAGCUUUGAAACAUGAUCCCAUUCCUGUAAGGUCCCAGGCGCUGUCGUUGCCACUUAAGUUCUCAGAAUUGUCUCCUGUGUUAAAAGACCCAUAUUCCUGUCUGGAUAUUCAGUACACAACCCAAAUUAAGUUUGCUCAGGCAGGAGUAGAUACCUGCCUGAUAUUUCCCCCUGAAUUUCCUAUCAUAAAUAAUUAUCAAAGUUCUUUUAAGCUCUUUUCACUUAUGGAUAUGAAACCUCCCAUCUCUAGAGCCAAGAUGAUUCUCAUCACUAAAGCUGCUAUUAAAGCUAUUAAGCUUUAUAAGCAUGUAGUUCAAAUAGUAGAAAAAUUCAUCAAAAAGUGUAAACCAGAAUACAAAGUUCCAGGAUUAUACGUAAUUGACUCAAUUGUGCGACAGUCUCGUCAUCAGUUUGGAACUGAUAAAGAUGUUUUUGGGCCAAGAUUCUCUAAAAACAUAACUGCCACAUUCCAAUAUUUAUAUCUUUGUCCAUCUGAAGAUAAGAGUAAAAUAGUUCGUGUGCUGAACCUUUGGCAAAAAAAUGGAGUGUUCAAAAUUGAGAUAAUUCAGCCUCUUUUGGACAUGGCAGCAGGAACCAGUAAUGCUGCUCCAGUAGCAGAAAAUGUCACCAAUAAUGAAGGCUCACCUCCACCUCCAGUAAAAAUUUCUUCUGAACCUCCACAAGCCACUCCAAACUCUAUGCCUACUGUACCACAGUUGCCCAGCUCUGAUGCUUUCGCUGCUGUGGCUCAACUGUUUCAGACUACUCAAGGCCAACAGCUUCAGCAGAUCCUUCAGACUUUUCAACAGCCUCCAAAACCACAGUCUCCCGCCCUUGACAAUGCUGUGAUGGCUCAGGUUCAGGCUAUCACAGCUCAGUUAAAGACAGCUCCUACACAACCACCUGAACAAAAAGCUGCUUUCCCCCCACCUGAACAAAAAACUGCAUUUGACAAGAAGCUGCUUGAUAGAUUUGAUUAUGAUGAUGAGCCAGAAGCUGUGGAAGAAUCAAAAAAAGAGGAUGCUGCUGCCAUUCUCCCUGCAGUACCUGCUGCUGCCUCCGUGGCCGCUGCCGCCGCCACCACCGCCACCGCCACUGCCACCACCACCACCACCACCACUGGAGCACCUCCUGUUGUGGCCACACCUGCCCCCACUGCUGCCGCUGCAUCUGCUGCACCUGCUGCUACCUCUCCUCCUCCACAGACACCAUUCGGGUUUCCUGGAGAUGGCAUGCAGCAGCCAACAUACACACAACAUCAGAAUAUGGAUCAGUUUCAGCCUCGAAUGAUGGGAAUACAGGAUCCCAUGCGCCACCAGGUUCCACUUCCUCCUAAUGGACAGAUGCCAGGAUUUGGACUUCUUCCCACACCUCCAUUUCCUCCCAUGGCUCAACCUGUGAUUCCUUCAACUCCACCAGUGCAGCAGACUUUCCAACCCUCUUUUCAGGCACAAACUGAACAACUUUCACAGAAGCCACAUCAGCAGGAGAUGGAAGUAGAACAACCUUGUAUUCCAGAGGUUAAGCGGCAUAUGUCUGACAACAGAAAGUCAAGAUCUAGGUCAGCAUCCAGGUCACCAAAGAGGAGACGAUCAAGAUCUGGUUCUAGAUCUCGAAGGUCUCGUCACCGACGGUCUCGAUCUCGAUCCAGGGAUAGACGCAGACAUUCUCCUCGAUCUCGAUCCCAAGAAAGACGGGAUCGAGAGAAAGAGAGGGAACGUCGACAGAAAGGCCUUCCUCAGAUAAAACCAGAAACUGCAAGUGUUUGUAGUACUACUCUCUGGGUGGGACAGCUGGACAAAAGGACCACUCAGCAGGAUGUUGCAAGUCUCUUGGAAGAGUUUGGUCCCAUUGAAUCAAUUAAUAUGAUUCCUCCGAGGGGGUGUGCCUAUAUCGUUAUGGUUCAUAGGCAAGAUGCUUAUCGUGCCCUGCAGAAACUGAGCCGAGGAAAUUAUAAAGUGAACCAGAAGUCCAUAAAGAUUGCCUGGGCCUUAAACAAAGGAAUAAAAGCAGAUUAUAAGCAGUAUUGGGAUGUUGAACUUGGUGUUACUUAUAUUCCGUGGGACAAAGUAAAGCCCGAGGAACUGGAGAGUUUUUGUGAAGGAGGAAUGUUGGACAGUGAUACACUUAACCCAGAUUGGAAAGGAAUUCCCAAGAAGCCCGAAAAUGAUGUUGCUCAAAAUGGAGGCGCAGAAACCUCACACACAGAACCAGUAUCACCCAUCCCUAAACCUUUACCUGUGUCUGUCCCUCCUAUUCCUGUUCCUGCACCUAUAACAGUGCCACCUCCUCAGGUCCCACCACAUCAGCCGGGUCCUCCUGUAGUUGGUGCUCUCCAGCCGCCCGCUUUCACUCCUCCCUUGGGAAUUCCUCCUCCAGGCUUUGGGCCUGGCGUUCCUCCUCCACCUCCCCCUCCGCCAUUUUUGCGCCCAGGAUUCAAUCCAAUGCAUUUACCACCAGGUUUUCUUCCUCCUGGACCCCCUCCUCCUAUAACUCCACCAGUAUCCAUUCCUCCUCCUCACACUCCACCAAUAAGCAUCCCAAACUCUACUAUCGCUGGUAUAAAUGAAGACACUACAAAAGACUUAUCUAUUGGAAAUCCCAUUCCAACAGUGGUGUCUGGGGCUAGAGGAAAUGCCGAGUCUGGUGACAGUGUGAAAAUGUAUGGCUCUGCCGUGCCACCUGCUGCACCCACGAAUCUGCCUACCCCUCCUGUAACCCAGCCUGUUUCACUUCUUGGCACUCAGGGAGUUGCACCUGGUCCUGUAAUUGGGCUGCAGGCACCAUCAACUGGUCUUCUUGGUGCCCGACCCGGCCUCAUCCCACUUCAGCGCCCUCCAGGGAUGCCUCCCCCUCAUUUACAGCGGUUUCCCAUGAUGCCACCUCGCCCCAUGCCACCACACAUGAUGCACAGAGGGCCGCCACCGGGACCAGGGGGCUUUGCGAUGCCACCGCCUCAUGGAAUGAAAGGGCCCUUUCCUCCACAUGGGCCCUUUGUUAGGCCUGGUGGGAUGCCAGGGCUUGGGGGCCCAGGACCAGGCCCCGGGGGUCCUGAAGACAGAGAUGGAAGGCAGCAGCAGCAGCCCCCGCCACAGCAGCAGCAGCCACAGCCACAGCAGCCACCUCCACCACAGCCACAGCAGCCGCCACCUUCACAACAGCCGCCACCAGCUCAGCAGCAGCCACAACAGUUUAGAAAUGAUAACAGGCAGCAGUUCAAUUCAGGUAGAGACCAAGAAAGGUUUGGAAGAAGAUCUUUCGGAAAUAGGGUGGAAAAUGACCGGGAACGGUAUGGGAACCGUAAUGAUGAUAGAGAUAAUAGUAAUCGUGAAAGGAGAGAGUGGGGAAGAAGAAGCCCUGAACGGGACAGGCACAGAGACUCAGAAGAGAGAAAUAGACGCUCUAGUGGGCAUCGAGACAGAGAGAGAGAUUCUAGAGAUAGAGAAUCUCGUAGAGAGAAGGAAGAAACCCGAGGAAAGGAAAAGCCUGAGGUGCCAGACAGGGCCAGUGGUAACAAAGCCACUGAACCUCCCCUUAGCCGAGUGGGGAACGUAGACAAUGUUUCAGAACUUGAUAAGGGGGAGGCCGAGGCCCCUGUGGUAAAACCUCCUGAAGAGUCACCUGCUGAGGCUACCUCAUCCGUUGAACCCGAAAAGGAUUCUGGCUCAGCAGCAGAGGCUCCUCGCUAGAGACUGCAACUUGCAAAAUGUGACAGUGACACUUCUGGAGUGUAGAGCUUGAGGUGUACAGAUGCUGUAUUAUAUUUGCUCCUGCUAUCUCAGCCCCGCGGUAGUUGGUGGGGAAUUGUAAGCAAUUUGAUUGCUUCCCUUCUAUUUAAAAAUAGCUACAAAAUAACAAAAAAUACUGAAAUAUGAAUAAAUAUUACCCCUUUUGCUGUAACUUUUUUAAAGUUUUGACUUUAAAAAGUUUACAAAUCGUAAUUAGAAGUGCUCUCUAUUUUUUUUUUUUUUAAUUUAAGACAAGGUAACGGUGAAAGCUC